AAAGACAAAUGAAGUGGGCUAUUCUCUUAUCCAAGAUAGAAGAGAGAAUCAGAAAGCUAAAACCAGAGAAUGGCUCUGCCAAUUACACAACUCCAACUCAGCUUCCUCAAUCAUCUUAUCCAAAACCUUCUUCUCCAUUCUCCACACACCAAUCGAAUCUAAAACCGUUCCCUCCACACUCUUUCCCCAAAUCUUCUUCUGCUGCUGCUUCAAUCCGCCAUUUCCACCCCAAAUCUCGACAACCCAGAAGAGAUUCAGCCCCAAAAUCCCUCACAAUGUCUCUCACAAUCCCCACCAAUCUCUCCAAAUCCCUGUUGCAGCCCAAAUUGAGGUCUCCCAUGGCCGCAAAACCCGCCAGAUCCUCCUCAAUCCUCUGCUCCGCCUCCGCCCCCGCCCCCGCCCCCGAGAAGGCCUCCUCCUCUCUCCAGGCCUUCUCCGCCGCCCUCGCCCUCUCCUCCAUCCUCCUCUCCGCCCCUCUCCCCGCCGUCGCCGACAUCGCCGGCCUCACCCCCUGCAAGGACUCCAAGCAAUUCGCCAAGCGCGAGAAGCAGCAGAUCAAGAAAUUGGAGUCCUCGCUGAGCAAGUACGCCCCCGACAGCGCCCCCGCGCUGGCCAUCAACGCCACAAUCGAGAAGACCAAGAGGCGAUUCGCGUUCUACGGGAAGCAGGGGCUGCUGUGCGGGGCCGAUGGGCUGCCCCAUUUGAUCGUUAGCGGCGACCAGAGGCACUGGGGAGAGUUCAUCACUCCUGGGUUUCUGUUCCUCUACAUCGCUGGGUGGAUUGGGUGGGUUGGAAGAAGCUACUUGAUCGCCAUUAGAGACGAAAAGAAGCCGACCCAGAAGGAGAUUAUCAUUGAUGUGCCAUUGGCCACCAGCUUGGUCUUCAGAGGCUUCAGCUGGCCUGUUGCUGCUUACAGAGAGUUUGUCAACGGCGAACUCAUUGCCAAGGAUGUCUAAUUCACCUCCUUCAGAGAUUAGGAAAGUGGAAGAGGGAUUGGCUUUUAGACCAUGUUGAGGAAUGGAAAUGGAAAUGGAAAUGGAAUGGGGUUUGUGAAAUAUUUGUGUAUUUAAUUUGGAAACUUGACAUGAGUAUAUGUAAUGGUUGGUUGUGUUGGAUAAAGGGCAAAUCUAUUUUUUCACUUCC